GGACUUAUUCCGGAAAAAUGUGAAAAAGGCUAGUUUAUAUAGCGAAAUUUACCGGAGGACACAUGUUGAAAAAAAAAAUUAUUGUUUGUGUGUUCGCAGUGUUUGCGUUCCUCGUGCACGGUGUGUCUGAUACAGAUGAAGUGUCAGUGAAGAAGGGAGAUUCAGUCACUCUACACACUGGUGUGACAAUAAACAAACAAGACAGAAUUAAGUGGUAUUUUAAUGGCAUUCGCAUCGCUCAAAUCAAUGGAGAUCUCAGUAAGACCUGUACAGAUGUUCAGUGUAAUGAAGGUACUGAGAGCUUCAGAGACAGACUGAAGCUGGAUCAUCAGACUGGAUCUCUGACCAUCACAAACAUCACAAACACAGAUGAUGGAGUUUAUCAACUAAAGAUCUUUGGCAGCAACAGUGAAAAGAUCCUUGCUAUUGUUGUUCAUGAUGUUGCUGCUGAAGUGAAGAGAAUGUCAGUGAAGAAGGGAGAAUCUGUCACUUUAGAGGCUCCUCUAUUAAAAAACCCAAAUGAUGUGAUGACGUGGUAUUUUAAUGACAUUCUCAUCGCUGAAAUCAUUGGAGAUCAGAGUAAGAUCUGUACAGAUGAUCAGUGUGAUGUGAGAUUCAGAGACAGACUGAAGCUGGAUCAUCUGACUGGAUCUCUGACCAUCACAAACACCAGAAACACAGACUCUGGAGAAUAUAAAGUAGAGAUCGUCAUUGGCAACAGCAGAUUCAGCAUCACCAGCAUUAAGAGCUUCAGUGUUGCUGUCAACGGUGAGGAUUCAGUUUGGUCUUCAGGUCUUACAGCAGGAAUAUGUGCUGCUGUUGUUGUUCUUCUUCUGGUGUCUGGAGCUGUUUACUAUCGCCUCAGGAGAUCUAAAAAAGAUGAAGAAAAACCUAAUGAGCGGAGAGGAUCCCAACUGGAUCAGUGUGAUGAUACCACAACAUUAUUCCAGCCAAAGGAAACUGUCAAAAACAUUCUAAAAAUCACUGUGUCUACACCAGAUGUGACCGUCGCAAUCCCCCACAACAGCUAAAGGCUGUCUACACUGAACGCGACAAACUGACCGUUGCAGAGCACUUGGACUACAUCAGAAAUAGAACAGGGAAUCUGUUUACUGUCGGGAAUUUGUGUUGCGUUGCACAGCUCCACAUCCAGUGUAGGCAAAAUCACUUAUUAUAAAGCCCAAAGUAUAGUUCACUUUUUACAUGUACCCGAGGGUCAGCGUACAGUGCUCAAGAGUACAUCUGUACUGUACUCUGUAUGCGCAGGUCACACGCAAAUUUAAUUUGUUUUGUAGUAAUUAGUUUAUCCACAAGGUGGCAACCUUGCCCUGUGGGCGUCAAUUCAAAAGGUAGUCAAAGAAAACCUGUAUAAACAGAACAGACCGGAACGCAUGCAAGCUACAGCGAUGAUAGAGGCCUACAUAGACGAGAGAUUGUGUGAAGAGGUUAGAAAGUACCAUCAUUUGUACAACUCUAGCAUGAAAGAAUACAAAGAUGUUUACAUGUGUUGGAACUUGUGGCGAGAGAUUGCUCAAAACUGCACUUGCGUCGAACGCCUGUGUACGCGUAAAGUGAAGUAUACGUUUCAAGGCUGUGUGUUUGUCUGUGUGCAUACACUAGAGUACGUGUAAAAAAAAAAAAAAAAAAAAAAAAAAGUAGUAUACUUGGGGCAUAAUGGGUUUUAUUGUCUUUUGUCGCAUUGUGUCGCUCGCGUCCGAUGUAGACGUGGUGUAAUAGCUUUUUUUCUGCUUUAUAUUUAUAUCACUAUUAAUCUACUUCUAGCAUUCAGCCUUUUUGCUAAACUUUUGCAACAUAUGCUUUGCGAUAUUUAGAGCCAGGGAAACUGAACUCAGUAUUCAACGGUGUAUAAACCUUUAAGACUGACCAGCUAUGAGCUCUCAGUCAAUGCCUCUAUUGAAGCCACUUUAAUUAUCAGUAACAAAAUCCCUGUAAAUUACUACACUACCCAUAUUAUAUUGAUGUUUUUCACUCACUAUGCAUUAUGGGCUUCAUUUCCUCUUAAAAGAGGAAGUCUUAAACCCAGUCUUAAAUUUUUAUAUACUCAUAUACCCUUUAUAUACCCUUAAAUUUUUAUAUACAUUUUUUUUAUACCCUAUUCUCAUGCACCUUUUUUCUUUAAAACAAAGUUUUAUAUUAUUGUGAUUCAGCUCAUGUCAUGGAAAAAGUCAUCUCCUCUUUGCAAGAAAUCACAGAGUUCCAGAUGCCAAAGCUUAGACUUUAUUGGUGGAGACAAUAAAGCCGAGAUGCCUCCAGAAUAUCUAACAGUUACACUCAUAACUCUCAUAUUAUACUGCAUUUUAUAUAUACAGGUGUUUGCCACAUCUUUUCAUCUUCAGACAGUCUAAAAAAACAACAACAACAAAAAAAUGUGGCAUUGAAAUCACAUGUUGAAGGCCAAAGAACAGAUUACUAUUAUGCAGGUGAAGGAAAAUACAUACAAUGUAAAUUACACGUGCCUUAAAUCAUAUAUAUUAUGCAAUAAAUAAAUAUAUAUAUAUAAUAUAUCUGAAAUGUCUAAUAAAAAUAUACUCUUCUCAAA